AAUGACUCACAGUUUAAAGUAGUUGAAUAAGCGAGCGCCGGUGCGGACGGGGAGAUUCUGCGUGGGGUAUUUGACUUCUUUCUGGUACUUAAAGCUCCGCUAACUGUGGUUUUUAUGGGGCAGAGAAGCGCUGAGCUCGACCCGCCAUACGGACUGACAGUUGCUGCACGAGGCGCUGGUGCCAGAUAUGGAUAGCGCGCGGGACACCUCUGGACGCUGGUGCGCAUCUUCAUAAAGUGCGACACUUCGAGACCGACGAGGCUGAAAACUUCAUUUGUCCUGAGUCAAAGUUGCCGACAAGCGACGAGGACGAGCAGGGACGCCUCGCUUCAACCAAACCAACAAGCCAAUUUAGGGAGAACGGUUUGAGGAAAAACCCUCCAAAGGACUUUUUUCAGGUCUUCGCGGGACGGCUUUGAAGCGGAGAAGAUGAGUCGAGAGGUCGCGUGGAGAUUUCAGAUGCUGCUUGUGAUUUGGUCGAUACUUGUCUUUAGCUUUGGGACCGGGUUUCCCACCAGACACAAGGCUCACGGCCACCCGGCUCACAGCGACGGGGUCCAGUAUGUCCCUGAGGUUUUGGACCAGCAGAACCAGGUUCAGAGUCUCUUGCCUGAGCCCCACAGCCACCAGAGGAGGUGGUCGCACCCCCAGCACCGCUCGCUCGGUCUUCUUCCGCAGCCUGAGCCCGAGGAGGAGACUAAACCCUUCAUCCUGGAUCUCAAGAACUUUCCAGACCUGGCCAAUGCUGACAUCAACUCGCAGAAUCCCAACAUACAGGUAACCAUUGAAGUGGUGGACGACCCCCAGAUGGAGGUAGAGAUGGACCUGGCCAAGGAAAAAGACUGGCUACCAUCCUCUUCCUCCUCCCCCUCCUCCACAGUAGAUUGGCUCGGAGGCAAGAAGCUUUUCUGGCCCCUCUUCUGGAGUUACACCGACGCCGAUUCCAGCGAGGACAGCAGCAGCAGCAGCAGCAGGUCAGGCGUGGAGGAAACUGGCGAGGAAGAGGAGGAGGAAGAUUACUCCCUGGAUUACGGCAGCGAGGAGCCCUUACCCAGCGGAGUGGGCGGAGACUGGGAUACGCGUUGGAACGAAGGCUGGGAUCCAAUGCAGAGCUACUAUGAGAAGGAGACCGAUGAGUGGACACCCUGGUCUCCAUGUUCAGUGACAUGUGGACACGGUGAGAGGAAGAGGACCAAGUCUUGUGGCUACUCCUGCACUCUGACAGAAGCCUCUAAGUGUGACCUGGAGCCGUGUCCUGGUGACGUCAACACCGUGGUAGAGCCUUUUCCUUUUGAGAUGGAGAACGGUACAGAGCCUUUUGGGACAGAUGUGGACAGCUGUGAGAAGUGGCUCAACUGCAAGAGUGAGUUCCUCCAGAGGUACCUCCACCAGGUCCUGUCUGAGCUGCCCAGCUGCCCCUGCUCCUACCCCUCUGAAGUGGCAUACACUGUGGUUAGUGUCUACGACGAGACUCACGGCAGACAGUUCCGCUGGCGUGAUGCCAGUGGCCCCAAGGAGCGCCUGGAUAUCUACAAGCCAUCAGCGCGUAGCUGCAUCCGUUCAGCACUUUCCGGCGACUCAUCUACUCUCGCAGCGCAGCACUGUUGUUACGGCGAUCGCGGGCGGCUGAUCACACGGGGGAAAGGCGCAGGCACGCCGAACCUGAUCAGCACUGAGUUCUCACCUGAGCUGCACUUCAAAGUGGAUGUGCUGCCUUGGAUCCUGUGCAAGGGAGACUGGAGUCGCUUCCAUGCAGUGCGGCCACCCAACAAUGGAUUGAGCUGCCCUGAAAACCCCCAUGAAGACGUGUUCAUGAAUGAACUGGAAGAGGCCAGGGAGUACUGAGGGACCGCAGCCAAAACUACCACUUCACUCAGAGUCAGAGGGCCUAAUCCUAAUUUGAGAGGAGACUGCCUACCUUAAAAGUCGUAAAAUAUUACACGUAAACCAUGCAUCAUGCAUUAACCAUGCAUUGACUCAGAGGAAAUGCACAUUUGUGAUUGGGAGAUUUGUGGGAUUUAGGAAUGAUGGUGAAGUGUGGCUGUCUCAAGUUAGGAUUUGGCACAGUGUCCUGAUAUCAGACUCGACUGAACUGAACUCAAUUGCAAGAAUGGAAAAAAAUGCAGUGUUCUCCCGUCGCUUGCCAACCUGUUCCACAUCUGGCAUGACAUCAAGCUCUCUCUCUUCAUAUUCAGUCCACUCUUCUGGGUGUGUGUAAGCAUGAUGUCUACCUACUGGCUUUUUGAUGGUGUCCUGGAGCGCUUGUGAUUGACAAUAGCAACAUAUGGUAAACAUCCUGAUAAUGCUUCUUGUAGGUUUUACAUUAGGAAAUGUACGAAUGUGGGCUGUUCAUACUGAUGAAAAAAACACAUGCAUGGGAAGAGUCCAACAGAUGAAUAUCCCCAACGAUGCUGCUACAAUCUAAAAUCCUUCAGGUUUUACAAAGGGGUUAAGAGGAGCAAGACAACAGGAAACCAGUAGACCCAAAAGGUGCCAUAUGCAUUCACAGUGAUGUACAUUUCAGCCAAUCUUUUGGGACACUAAAAUGUGUAAUAUUAG